GCGCAUAAAAAUCCAUGCAUCUCCAAUUACAGAAGAAUAAGUAUUCAUUAAUGAAGGGUUGUAUGUCAACAAAAAUAGCAGAACAAAUGUUAGAGAAUAUGUUCGGCUGCUACUCAAAAUGUGUUGUACUGCAGCAGUUCCGCUUGGCGAACAAUUUUUUUGGCGUUGUGUAAUCAAUCGCCACUUUCCGAGAAAUGGUCCGUGUUUCUGAUGAGCGUAGGAGGUUUACUUGCUGUUUCUGCUUACACGUGAGGACAGGGACUAUUCUAUUUGGGGUUGCGCAGAUCUUAUUGCAUCUGAUUUGCAUAUCUGUCUUGGUGCUGUUGGCUAUCAGACCUGAUCUCAUUCCGCCAUCUGGAUUAGCGGUGGAUAAACAGCACAACUUUGCUGUGACCAGUGGACAGAGCUAUGGUGGUGGUUCCCACGCGUUUGCAAUCAUUCUGCAUCUGGUGCCCGGCAUCUCUGACUUUCAGGAUUCCGUCGCAUUGCCACCAACCCCUAAUGCGGGCAAAAAUGACGCCAGCGUUUUGACAGACGAGUCGGAACGAAUCAGUGGGGAGGAUAAAAACCUGGGGCUCGUGGAGAAAUCGGACUCGGUUCGGGACUCGCAUGCCGUGCACGUAAUCUACGGCAAACGGGAUGAACAAAGCGUGACUGUCAGGCAUCGUCGUCACUUCAGCCCAUACUUUGCUCUUUGCUUGUCUUCAUUCUCAUUGGCGUUUUGCUGUUUUCUUGUGCACGGCGCAGUGGCUCGUCAACCCACUCAUCUGUUGCCGUUCUUCUUUCUGCAAGUCUUUGACUUUAUCAUUUCACUCCUCACUGUUGUUGGUUACAUGUCCUCCACUUCGGAUGUUCGGCUCUGGCUCCACACAAAGGAGGGUCCUAUGUACAUCAAUUCUGCUAGCCUCACCUUCUUACUACUGUCGAUCUCAUUCCUGGUCUUGGCUUUCAAAGCCUACUGUCUUGGAAUGGUUUGGGACUGCUACAAGUACCUAAUGCUCGCAUACAACCGUCCAGAUCGGGUAGACGAUUGGAUUGGUAGUCGUUUUGGCUUCUUACCAUCGAUUUGGGGCUUCUUUGGUGCUGGUCGACGUUCCGGUCUGAUGCGAGGUAAUUUACAUGCCUCCGAACAGCACGGUGCAUUUGGCUCUCGUUCAGACCCAGAAGGUGGUGCUCGAUCGCCUCCGGCUGUGUAUGAUCAAAGCAACGAUCUGCCAAACUACGAGGACGCGUUGAAGAUACCCGCUAACGCUUACGCACCGCCUCCGUACUUCGCGCCGACAAACAACAACAAAACUCAAUCUUCCAAUGACAGUCCGGUUCUGGACGUUGUCGCACAAAAUGCAGGCAAUGUCGUGGACAAUAAAAAUGGGAACGGUCUCGAUGGCAACGGCAAGGCUACUGCAUAGAGAUACCAACCUCCUAAGCCUGUGUUGACGCGCGCCGUCGCUGCUUGCCCGACUCCGGAGCAAGUUUUAUUAUUUCGCUAUUGUUUUUUCGCUGCAUCUAUCCUCGUGAUCAUUUCACUCUGUUCUUAAUGGAUUUACUACUUUUAAUUUUCAUUAUCCAACGUUCCGUCUAGUGACAGGUUACCCAGUUCGAACUGCUUUCUGUUCACUUGUGAACGCUUCCAUUGUCUGCAUGAAUCUAACAGCACUCUCCCACUUCCUAUCCCUAUUGUAUCACCAAACUCCUCUUCGAUCUGUAUCGUUUAAACAACAUGUCGUCUGUCUUGCUUACCGUACAGAUUCAUCAAAGCGCAUAAAAAAUUUACGAAAAACACCA